AUGCAUAAGUCUAGAAAGAGCGAGCUUCUAAUUGUUUCGUUGUGGUCUCCUGCGCACUCAGCAGAGACAUCUGAAGAGUUUGAGUGGAAGAAGGCCGAAAGAACAUCAGCGUCGCGCGGGUGUUCUACCAACGAAUCACUGCGGAAUACGCCAUUUUCCGAUAUAACAAAAAAGCGAAGUCGUAACCGAGAGCGACGUCGCUCGAGCGCCGGCGCAAGCCAGCGUGCUCAGUCCUCAUCAUUCAAACAAUCAAGUGUCGGACUCUUUUACGCCGAUGAGGAAGCUGAAAAGAGAGCCUGA